AAAAAACGCUUCGGCUCUCGGGAUUUUAUCAACUAUUCGCUCUCGCCCAGAGAGAGCUGUGGUUUUCUUUGGUUUUUGGGAGAAAUAGUCUUGGACAACAUGAAAGUUAUUUCGGCGAUGUUGCUCUUUGCCGUUUUUUGGAGUCAGGAGUGGGUGCCGGCGCUCUCGGAUUCAAUCAUCCACAUUGGCGCCAUCUUUGAUGAGUCGGCGCGGAAGGAUGAUGAGGUGUUUCGUCUUGCCGUGGCUGAUCUCAACCUGAACAAUGAGAUCCUGGAGACAGAGAAGAUCACCAUCUCUGUGGAAUUCGUGGAUGGGAACAACCCUUUCCAGGCUGUGCAGGAAGCCUGUGAGCUGAUGAACCGUGGUAUCCUGGCUCUGGUCAGUUCGAUUGGCUGCAUGUCCGCAGGCAGCCUUCAGACUCUUGCAGACGCCAUGCACAUCCCCCACCUCUUUAUCCAGCGCUCCCCGGCGGGAACACCCCGCUCUGCCUGCCCACCCACCAGUCGCAUCCCUGGAACUGACGACUACACCCUAAUGGUCCGCCCACCUGUCUAUCUCAAUGAGGUCAUCAUGCAAGUGGUGUCUGAGUACAGCUGGCAGAAGUUCAUCCUCUUCUAUGAUUCUGACUUUGAUAUCCGUGGUAUUGAGGAUUUCCUGGACCGGACCUCUCAGCAGGGAAUGGACGUGUCCCUUCAGAAGGUGGAGUCCAAUAUCAACAUGAUGAUCACCAGUCUGUUCAGAACCAUGCGUGUGGAGGAGCUGCACCGCUACAGAGACACGCUACGUCGGGCCGUGCUGUUCAUGAGCCCAGCUACUGCCAAGGCUUUUAUCACUGAGGUGGUGGAGACCAACCUGGUGGCCUUCGACUGUCACUGGAUCCUGAUUAAUGAGGAGAUUUCGGACUACGACUUGCAGGAGUUGGUGAUGAAGUCAAUUGGUCGGCUGACGCUGGUGCGCCAGACAUUCCCGAUGCCCCAGAACACAACUCAGCGCUGCGUCAAACACAACCAUAGGAUCAACACCUCCCUGUGCGACCCUAAAAACCCCAAGGCUCAGCAGCUAGAGAUCACCAACCGCUACAUCUACGAUACCGUGUUGCUGCUGGCCAACACCUUCCACAGAAAACUAGAGGACAGGAAGUGGCACAGCAUGGCCAGUCUGAGCUGCAUCAGGAAGAACUCCAAACCGUGGCAGGGAGGCAAGAGCAUGCUGGAUACUGUCAAAAAGUUUGGAGUGAGCGGCCUUACCAGUUUCCUGGAAUUUACUGACAACGGCACGAACCCCAACAUCUUCUUUGAAAUCCUGGGAACCAACUACGGAGAAGACAGGGGGCGAGGUGUCAGUAGGCUGGCAACAUGGGACCCAGUUCAUGGCUUGAACGGCACACUAACAGACAGGAAAUUGGAAAACAACAUGAGAGGGGUGGUGCUUCGAGUAGUCACUGUUCUGGAGGAGCCGUUUGUGAUGGUAUCAGAGAACGUUCUAGGAAAACCAAAAAAGUACCAGGGAUUUUCCAUUGACGUGCUGGAUGCUCUGUCCAACUACCUGGGGUUCAAGUAUGAGAUCUACGUCGCUCCAGACCACAAAUAUGGCAGCUUGCAGGCCGAUGGACAGUGGAACGGACUCAUGGGAGAAUUAGUGUUUAAGCGAGCCGAUGUGGGCCUUUCUGCCUUGACCAUCACGCCUGAGCGGGAGAGCGCCGUGGACUUCACCACACGCUACAUGGAUUAUUCUGUGGGCGUCCUGCUGCGCAAGGCUGAGCGCACCGUGGACAUGUUCGCCUGCCUCGCGCCCUUCGACCUGUCGCUGUGGGCGUGCAUCGCGGGCACGGUGCUUCUGGUUGGCAUCUUGGUGUACCUGCUCAACUGGCUCAACCCACCCCGGCUGCCCAUGGGCUCUGUGUCUUCAACAACGCUGUACAAUUCCAUGUGGUUCGUGUAUGGCUCUUUCGUACAGCAAGGUGGAGAGGUGCCCUACACCACACUGGCUACGAGGAUGAUGAUGGGGGUUUGGUGGAUGUUCGCUCUCAUUGUCAUCUCCUCUUACACUGCCAACCUGGCUGCCUUCCUCACCAUCACGCGCAUAGAGAACUCCAUACAGUCUCUCCAGGACUUAUCCAAGCAGACAGAGUUGCCCUAUGGUACAGUGCUGGACUCUGCGGUGUAUGAUCAGGUGCGCUCAAAGGCCAUGAACCCCUUUGAGAGAGACCCCAUGUACUCCCAGAUGUGGCGGAUGAUUAACCGCACUGGAGGCGCAGACAACAAUGUUGAGGAGUCAAAGGAAGGCAUUCGAAAGGUGAAGUAUGGCCGGUUUGGGUUCGUGUGGGAUGCAGCAGUGUUAGAGUAUGUUGCCAUCAAUGAUGAAGACUGCUCCUUCUACACUGUCAGCAACAACGCUCCAGACCGUGGAUACGGUAUCGCCAUGCAGCACGGGAGCCCAUACCGGGACAUUUUCUCCCAGAGAAUCCUGGAGCUUCAGCAGAAUGGUGACAUGGACAUACUGAAACUCAAGUGGUGGCCCAGGGACAGCCCCUGUGACCUCUACAGCUCUGUUCAGACCCGACAGCGUGGCAGCGCCCUGGACAUUCACAGCUUCGCUGGCGUGUUCUGUGUCCUGGCAGCUGGUGUGGUGCUCUCCUGCCUCAUCGCCAUGGUGGAAAGCUGGUGGUCAAGGAGGAAGGGAUCCAGAGUCCCCUCCAAGGAGGACGAUAAGGAGAUCGACCUGGAGCACCUACACCGGCGGGUUAACAGCUUGUGCACCGAGGAUGAAAGCCCCCACAAGCAGUUCUCCACCUCUUCCAUCGAUUUAACGCCCCUCGACAUGGAUGCCCUGCCCGCCGCGCGCCAAGCACUGGAGCAGAUCAGUGAUUUCCGUAACACCCACAUCACCACCACCACCUUCAUCCCAGAGCAGAUCCAGACCCUCAGCCGCAGCCUCUCUGCCAAAGCCGCCGCUGGAUUUGCCGCUGGUUUCGGGAGUGGUGGCGGUGGGGGAGGGGGCGGCCUCCAAGACCAUCGGACUGGCGGGGUUGGCCCUUUCAGGCAGAGGGCCCCCAACGGUGGCUUCUUCCGCAGCCCCAUUAAGACAAUGUCCUCUAUCCCCUAUCAGCCCACAGGUCCAGGACCCAACUUUGGAUAUGGCAACGACCCAGACAGGGGCACCUCCAUAUGAGGAGCUGCUAUGGAGGUGGUUGAUUCAGGAGAAAGAGGAGGAGGGGGGGAGGUGGUCAGAGUGGGCCAUGGGUGGUAAAACAAAUACACUAUGGCUAAGCUAAAAAAAAAAUAUCCGAACAUAGAGAUCUAUGUACAUAGGAAUCCUUUUGUUUUCUGUUUUCGCAGGGCUGUUUCGAGGGGUGUUUGUUUUCUAUGUGGAGGAGGAGAUGGAGGAGGUGGUGGUCUACUGAGGCGUUCCUUAUCCUCCUGCAAACCAGCUGGUGACGCAGGAAAAGGGGGGGAGGGGCGGGGAGGGGAGGGUGGGCUCGAAUCCUUGCUUUAUUGUUGUUGUUCUUGUGGUUGUUUGGGGGAUUAUUUUGGGGAUAUGUGUGAAGGGGGAUCUGUUUUUCAAUUGUUUCUGUUUUAAGACGUGAGGACUGCCUCAUGUCAUGGAGACAUACUGUAAUGACAUGACUCCUAUUAAUGACUAAACCCCACCUUGGAUGGUUUAGUUUAUACUACUGCAACAAGAAACGCUUCUAUACCCUUGUGAACUCCAGGGCUGCCAUUAGCGGAUGAUACUGAGGCGUCUGAGGCCAUGAUCCCACGGUAACCCCAAGGGGCUCGUACUAAAUUAGCAAUUAAGGGGCAGUUAUUUUCUAAAGGCGUAUGUAGAGCCCUUAACACAUGGUUUUGUCCGUAGCCCUGGUAAUACUUACAGCAGCUCCUUCUAGCUCUCUAAAGGCACCAUCUCAGUGGUUAUUGGAAGACUCUACUACUUCUACCGUCUUACUCUGCCUUUUCACUAUAUGGGAGUCCAUCAUGCUCGGUUUUCUCUGGUGUUGUUUCAUCAAUACCUGUGGUUCCAAAUGUGAAGUCAUCCCCAAGAUGGUGUCCAUGAGGUGGCCUGACUAGACCUAAGACUUGCAGCUGAUGACAUGCUAACACCUUCGGGGUGCAUCGGUCUGGAAACUGUUGAAAUGCCAUGGCAGUGCAACAAUCUGACACUGCUGAACCACGUAUUUGGUGCAUUGGUCUUAAAAUAUCUCUGCCAUUUUGGUGCAUCAGCCUGAGACUGUUUUCACCAUUCUGAUGCACAUUAAAGACUCUUUGUCAAUCCCACUGCACUGUACCAGUGCCCACAGACCUGUAAGUGAUUGUAUGUAGAUCUGAUAUUUUCUUUUCUCACCUGUACUGUGCUGUCUGCUUUUCAAGGCAAGGUGAGAUCCUCUAAUAAGACUUUGAGAGGGAUUAUUAAAAAGGGAUGAUAAAUAAGUGAAAGAAAAAACAAGUGAAAGAAAAAAAAAAACAUAAGACAAGCCGAAGGACUUCAAAAAGCUUAUGCUUAUUAUAUGUCUUUUAUUGACUUUUGUUUUUGGAAAAAAAAAUAGAUUUUAAUGCGUGGAAUGUGUUUUGGUCAGGAAGUACAAAAAAUAACAUUGUUCUGAGCUGUCUACUUGUUUUUUCUCUCAGCCAACUUUGAAAAACUGCUAAAUGAGUGCUGUAGUCUCUGGUUUUGCAUCAUUAAGUCAUUCAAAGUUUUACUUUUCAGUUGUUAAGUUUGUUAUUGUUUGUUUUACCUUAUUUUAGUGCUGCCAUGGCCCAGAAGUUUAAAAGAAAAAAAAAAAGCUCAUUCUGUAUGGUCAUGUCCUUUUCAAGUCCAUUAACCGACCAUUCAGUUCUUAUCAGGUCAAGCGGUGAAACAGAGUCGUAUUCUGGUUCAGAAGCCAUUGCAACAGCAUUUUUAGCGCAGGGCUUAUGUCAACUAGAUAGCUGUACCCUCCCAACGCCCAGUCAUACCCAAAAUGCCACUCUGCAUCUGAACUGUCUAAGAGUAGGGAGCCAGUGAUUGUGCUUUAUGGUCAUAGGGAUGUCAUGAAGAGUCAAUGGCCGUCCUUUAAGCUCAUUGGAAUCUUAUCAGAAACCAGUGGCUGCCUUUUUAUGAGAUGAGUCUGAAAUACACUUCUAUUUCAUAUCUAUAAUGUUAAGGGUACUGUUUAUAUAACUUGUUUUUAAAGUGCCAAUUGAUUAAAACAAGACCAUUAAGGUGCAUUUUAGGGUUGGGAAAGGGGAAUGGUACAUCAGAAGCAUUAAAGGAAUAUUUUGUGGACUGGUGGGUGGGGUGGUCAAAAGGAACCAAACCUUUUUCACUAACACUGUAUUAAUAAUUGAUAAUGUUAGUUGUUUAGAACAAGUUUUCAGUUUGUUAUCUUUAAGAACUAAAAACCGCAAAAUGUUGUGCGUAGAGAACUCAGUCAAGCCGCAGUGUUUUGAAGCAAGCAUUCUUAGGCGUUCUUUUCUUAUAAUAGGCUACAGUAUGGCUAUUGAAUGACAAAUAGGACACAGACAAACAUUUAAAAAGUUUUAUUUAGUAUAAACAAGAGAGACAUUAUAAAAAUGUAUAUUUUACAUGUUGAUGCUAUUUUUGUUUAACAAAAAGAGAGUAUAUCAUUAUGAGCUUUAGUGUUGAGUUUAGCAGUCACAUUACUGCAUUUGGUUUUCCCCUGUCCUGCCCAUGGUCAACACACACAUAAACACA